CUGGUUACCGGUACUGGUACUCAUGGCUCCGCCGUCUUUCUCCGAUUUGGGUAAAGAUGCUAAAGAUUUGCUGACGAAAAACUACUUCUUUGGUGUAUUGAACGUUAAAUUUGGUUCAUCCGUUGGCGAUCACAAACUGUCGUCGAACUUCAACCAGCAUUUUAAGGCGAAGAAGAUAGCUUCUGAUAUAGAAGGAAAAAUCAGUUUCCCCUCAUACGGUGCUACAUAUUGUGAGAAGUGGACUUCUGAAGAUGUUCUGAAGUCCGAACUCACGAUUGAAGAUAAACUAGUAAAGGGGAUGAAGCAAACAUUUUGCUACUCGCGACAGAUUUACGACGGCCUAUCUAGUGCAAGUAUUACCAACGGUUUUAAGUCGGACACAUUGAACGCAAAUGUAGAUGUCUUUUUUAAGUCGGCUAUUCCUGACAUCACACCAUCUCUGGUCGUAAGUCAUUUAGGUUACCUGGCUGGUGUCGACUUCAAGUUGGAUAGUACCAACCGGCAAUUACAAAGGGCCAACUUUGCUGUGGGCUACCAAGUCCCUGAGUUUGCAUUCCAUGGACUCAUCUCCAACUGGGGCAAGAGCUUCGGCGCUAGCAUUUCUCAGAGAGUCACCGAUCGGUUUGAACUGGCUGGAUCAGUCAGUUGGAGUCGGGACACUGAGCAGGUUGCCUGGUCUGUGGGUUCAAAGUACGUGUUAGAUGAACAGAACGGACAUUUUAUCAAGGCGAAAUUGGAUCACCUGACAAGGAUCAGUCUAUCACUGACGACCUACUUAGAUAAAAAAUUCCAAUUUUCGCUGUGCGGCAUGUUCAACGGCCCGGAGAUGCCUCAACUCGGUUUGGGAUUUGAUCUUGAGUACUGAUGCACAUCAAUACCAAACUUGUGAGCCGUGAUUCUCCUCUCCUCAUGACACACUACUGUUAACGACUUCUUUGGUCGUCUGAAAUCUAGGUCCCAGAAUUUCAUGCAUUAUACUUCAGACCAUUAUGCCUGUCCAUCUCGCCCAGCCCUCGUAGCAGUGGUUUUUUCUGUGUAUAUUAACCCGUAGUUUGUCGCUGCGCCCGGCCUCAAAUACAUUUCUUCCGUUCUUGCCUC